AUGCUCACCGAGGUCUCGAAGUUUACCUUGAAUACCACCUGGAACAGGACUUCGCAAGAAUCGUCAGGAAAUAUGAUACCAAGGUCGGAAAAGCCUCAGAGCAACCCUAGCCAAAAGGUUUCGAACCCUAUAUCACCACUAAACGCAGUCCCGUAUAGAUUCUUCUCUCCGUUCGGCGCUUUCACAUACUUCCCGGCCAUCGAGUACAUGUCAGAAGAUCUCAAAGUAUCCCUCCAGCUAAUGAACUUGACCGUCACUGCCUUCUUUGGCCUGAGUAUCUGGUUCAUUUUGGUCAUCUAUGCAGGAUCAUGCAUUGGCUUGGCAUUGCAGGAGUCGCACCCUUUGCUAUUGAUUUUCCGAAUGCUUCAGAGCGCUGGAAGCUCUGCACAUGGCUUCUCACCUGACUCGCGAUCAGGUACCAUCGCGCUAGGGUCUAUCGUUGUUGCUGAUCUUGCUCCUCCCCAUGAUCGUAGUCACUACAUAGGAGCUAUGCAAACAGGGUCCAAGUCUUGGACCCGUAGCCGGGGGCGUUCUCGCCGAGAAAGCCGGCUGGCACCGGAUCUUCUGGGUCCUAGUUAUAUUGGGGUGUUUUUUUUGAUCACAUCUAUUCUAUUCUUCCGCGAAACAUAUCGUAAUAUUGUUGGCACCGGAAGGACUCCGGCGGCUGGCAUGAAUGAGCCUCUCAUGGCUAUCGGAGUGCCAAAUAUGGAUUCACGCGUUGUGUCUGAAGGCUCCUUGCCAGAAGGUCGAAGAUGGCAGCGCGUAUCCAAAGUGUUUCAAAUGUCGUCUAAUCAAAUUCUUCAGAUCAGCAUGACACUGAUUGUCGACAUCCAUCCUACCCAAGCCGGCUUGGCCAGUGUCUCAGUCAAUUUGACCCGUUGUACAGCGGCGGCUGUAGGCGUUGUUGCUUUACCCUCUUCUAGAUCCACUUGGAAUUGGGUGGACGUUCACAAUACUUGA